UACACCAUUAUGUACGAUGUUGCCUAUUCUGUACAGUAGUAUUAGCUUCUGUUCGUCGUUACUGGUUGUGUACUAUAACAUGCACGUGUAGAUAUGCUGACUGGGUUGAUAUACGCGUUGUUAGCCGGAUUGUUUGGUGCUCUCGCGUCCUCAUCUGCAAAGUUAUCACUGGGUGCCUCUUACCUUAAAGACCUGUGCGACAGCACUGUGAGAAAGUGGACUGUUGAGGAGGACAGUUUAACAUCUGGUGUCGACACUACAGCGUGUGAAUGGGUCCACAUUCCUCUGAGACUGGUGUGUGGCCUUCUGCUGUUCAGCUCUAAUGCUGUGAUGUGGACCUUCUUUGCCAAGGCGCUGCGACAGUCCUCGUCUUCGGCUCGGGCUACUGUAACCACUACUGCCUCUAAUUUCGUCUCCUCGGCAUUCCUUGGACAUGUGAUUUUUGGAGAAAGCCAUGCGCUCUUGUGGUGGGUUGGCAUCUCACUAACUUUGUUGGGGCUCUUCAUCUUGCAUGGAUCAUCUCUAAAGGAGCAACAAUUAGAUGUGAAAAAGGAUGACUGAUCUCUCAGCUGUGUUAACUAUGAAGAUUGAAAAGAUCAUUUAUAAAUCGUUCAGCCAAGUUUUCAGGGUUUUUUGUAUUGUGGUGUGCAGGGAUAUCUUACCGAACAGUAAUUUUGUUUCAUUACAAUUCUUCAUGAACCAUUUCUUCACCACAGUGUAAUGAUUUUGCACCACUGGGAAUAUGCUCUUUAGUGAAUUGGACCUCACCUGUUUUGCGAGGUUGUACAGACUGGAUGGGACCGCAUAGCCUUUGGGAUACCUAUAGGCUAGGUCAUGCAAUGUCCAACUGCUUAACUGGACUGUUGUGAUGGUCUUCAGCAUGGGGCUUGUCUGGCAAUACAGGACUCAGCAUAUGAAAGAGAAGUUCCAGUUAUAACCAGAAUCCUGGUUCUCAGAUAGCAUGAGUAAGCUAUCUCACCAGACCACCCUUGUUGCGUGAAGCGAGUUAGAGGUGUGCUCAUUUUAAAUUAUGUAGUGACAAUACAUCGUCUGUUAAACACAGGAGAAGGAGCAGCUCUCCAUGACAUCACUCACACGCUGUGAAAUUGUGCAAAAACACAAUGAGCACACUCAUUUGAAGUAAACGUCUUCUUUUUUAUUAAAUUGUGUCUGCUUUUUA